AUGAGUUUAUUCAAGAUUGCCCAAUUCGAAGAAAAGCAGCAAGCAGCAGAAAAAGAAAAGUUGGAAUUCGAAAAAUUGCGACUAACAGCUAAUAAAAAGCAAGAACAGCUAUUAAAAGACGUUUAUCAAUUUCAUGAAGGCAAUUUCUUAAGUCAUGAGCCAAUUAUGAAAUCAAAAUAA